CGGUACACUAUUACCAGCGAUUUUUGUUGCCAACCUAUCAAUGAUAAUAGUGAUAGUGAUGUUCGUUAAGCACUGACAACUGUUGAAAGCGUCGUAAGUCAUUCAAAAAUGAACCAAAGUGUAAUAAUUCCCGCACCACGCAAUGCCGAACCCGACUUACCUCAGAGGGAGCGCAAGCAGAAGAAGCUCUACUCCGAGGACUGGGCGCUGGGGGAUGACGAGAUCGAGGGCCGGCGCUCGUUCAACCUCCAGGAAAAGCUGGAGAACCCGCUUUUCGCCACGCACAACAUCGUCAAGGAAAUGCACGGCAACGAGUUGAAUGUUGCGUAUUUCCAGAAGUACGGCUUCAAUACGCCGCUUCUGUUCAAAGAGAAAACGGGAUUGGGUCUGCGCGUCCCGACGUCCAACUUCUCGAUAAACGACGUCCGGAUGUGCGUCGGCUCGCGCCGCGUCCUCGACGUGAUGGACGUCAACACCCAGAAGAACAGCGAAAUGACGAUGAAAGAGUGGCAGAAGUACUACGAGGACCCCGAUAAAGACAAGCUCUUGAACGUAAUCUCGCUCGAAUUCUCACACACCAAACUCGAGAACUACGUCCAGAGCCCUACGGUGGUGCGCCAGGUGGACUGGGUGGACUGCGUGUGGCCGCGCCACCUGAAAGAGAGCCAAACGGAGGCCACUAAUCUCCUGGAGGACAUGAAGUACCCCAAAGUCCAAAAGUACUGCCUCAUGUCCGUCAAAGGCUGCUACACGGACUUCCACGUGGACUUCGGCGGCACCUCCGUGUGGUACCACAUCCUCAAGGGCGGCAAGGUGUUCUGGUUGAUCCCGCCCACGGAGAACAACCUCGCCCUGUACGAGCGCUGGGUGCUCUCGGGGAAGCAGUCGGACAUUUUUUUCGGUGACACGGUCGACAAGUGCGCCCGGAUCGCGUUGACGGAGGGUAACACGUUCUUCAUUCCGACGGGGUGGAUACACGCGGUGUACACGCCGGUCGACUCGCUGGUGUUCGGCGGAAACUUCCUGCACUCGUACGGGAUCGAUAAGCAGUUGAAGAUCGCACACGUGGAGGACACGACGAAAGUGCCGCAGAAGUUCCGGUAUCCGUUCUUUACGGAGAUGCUGUGGUACGUGCUGGAGCGGUACGUGCACUGUUUGCUGGGGAACUCGCACCUGACGACGGGCCACGACACGCCCAUUCCGUCGGAGCGGCCGCACAUACACCUGACGCAGGCGGAGCUACACGGGCUGAAGGAAAUCGUCAUGUACCUCCACAUGCUUCCCGCCAACAAGAAGAACGUCCCCGACCUGAUCCGCGACCCCGUCUCGCUCAUCCAGGACGUGCGCACCCUCAUCGGCCUCCACCGGCAGGACAGCCGCGAGCUCGCCGUCACCGGCCGGCCCGUGCUCUUUCUGCCCGACGACCCCGAGCACCGCAAGUCGCUGUACCCGCGGCCGUUCGUCAAGACCAACGGCGGCGUGCGGCCCAAGCCGGCGUUCAAGCCGCGACCGGGCGGCGGCGGGCCGGACAAGGGCGGCCCGCGCCGCCGCCGCACCAGGUGCAAGAAGUGCGAGGCGUGCCAGCGCAGCGACUGCGGCGAGUGCAGCUUCUGCCUGGACAUGGUCAAGUUCGGUGGGCCCGGACGGGCCAAGCAGACGUGCAACAUGCGCCAGUGCCUCCAGCCGAUGCUGCCGGUCACGGCGGCCUGCGUCCACUGCGGCCUCGACGGCUGGAACCAGACGCCGGUCACGCCGCUCCAGAAGGGGCCGCAGAGGUGCGAGAGCGCCAGCAACCUGAUGGAGUGUUCGGUGUGUUACGAGAUCGCCCACCCCAUGUGCGUGCAGCGGCUCUGCCCCGACUUCACCGGCUACAUCAACGAGGACAUGCCCAACUCGUGGGAGUGCCCCAUGUGCUGUAAGCUCGGCAAGAACACCGACUACCGACCGCGCCACUUCCGCGCCCGCCAGAAGUCCUCGGACAUGCGCAGGAUGUCCAUCAGCUCCGACGCGUCGAGCGCCUUCGACAACAAGGUCCACCAGGAGCACUACUCGGACUCCGGCAGCGAAAACGACAAUAAAGACAACAAAGACCUGCUCCCCAUCAAGAAGCGGCGCAGCAGCGAGGGCGCCGACAUCGAGACCAAGACCCAGACCAGCGACCUGCCCCGGAAGACCGCCUUCCGGAUGCAGCUAGCCCAGCAAAUCGCCAGCAACUCCACCAAGCUGCUGAAGAAACCCAUGGUGGUGGUGCGGCCCGCCCCCAUCAUGAUGAUGAACCCCCUCCCCACCAACAACCUGGCGCUGGACAAGCGCUGCGUGCUCAACGUCUUCAGGUACCUCAACCCGCAGGACCUGCUCGUGUGCGCGCUCGUGUGCAAAACCUGGGCCACCUACUCCAUCGACCCGUCGCUGUGGCGCGUCAUGGAGUUCACCAGGAAGCACAUCUCGUCGGACAUCCUCAAAGGCGUGGUGCGACGGCAGCCCGAGGUGCUGCACCUCGACUGGUGCCACAUCAACAAGUUCCAGCUGCCGUGGCUGAUCCAGAGGCUGAGCAACCUGAAGGAGCUGAGUCUGGUCAGCGUCAACGUGAAGACGGCGAUCUCGCUGCGCACGAACCACUCGGCCAUGCUCAACCACCUGGACUUGAGCUUCAUCUCGGACUUCAGCGACUCGGCGCUCCGGGAGAUCCUGGGCCCGAACAACGACUCGCGGCGCGGCUUGGCCGACGAGAAGAUCCGCUUCAGGAACCUGCGCACGCUGAAGCUCGCCGGGGACGACGUCACCGACAUCGCGAUGCGCUACGUCACGCAGUACCUCCCCAACCUGCAGCACCUCAGUCUGAGUCUGUGUCCGCGGAUCUCGGACGCCGGGAUCGCGCAGCUGACGACGAAACCGGCGAACACGCUGACGACGCUGGUCAGCCUGGAUCUGAGCCACUCGAAGCUGGUCACGGAGACGAGUCUGGACCACCUGAGCAAGUGCGAGAGUCUGGUGAGGUUGGACUGUAGACACGCGCUGCAGAUUUCGACGCAAGCGCUGAUCAAGUUCGCGGCGAAGAGUGAUAAGAAUCUGCAAGUGAGGGAUAUUAAGUUGGUGGACAAGAGGCAGCAGAAGGUGCAAUGAGUUUGACUUGGUUUCAAUUGUGAUGUAAUACGUAAUUUUUUUUAUUUAUUGUUUACUUAAAUUCUGCUUUAUGUCUAUGUUAAGACGGAUGCUUAUGUUUGGUUCGAGUGCAAUUAUGUGCACGCAUUGUACAUAGAGUAUUAUUCUUUCAUAAGCAUUUGGAUAUAUUGUAACGAUAGGAAAUGAAAAUACAAUUUUUAUAUUAUU